UGUAGUGUAGAGGUAAGGGACGGCAAAUAAAAAAGCGGCUAGUGCGGUACAAAGGAUACCGAGCCCAAAGCGCCAAGAUGAACCCCGACCGGAACAGCCGGAAGUAUCGCUCCGGAAACAAUCUGUACAGCGACGAUGAGCUGGAAUUAUCGUCGUCCCAGGUGCUGGAAAAGGUGAAGCCGGAUCGCGUGACGUCCACCAAACCGGACGAAGAUCGACGCCGACGCACGAUCAUCGUGGAGAAGAAGAACGGCUCGUACGGUUUCACGCUGCAAAGCUACGGCAUCCACUACAAAAAGGAGCAGGAGGUCGAGGUGAUCACGUACGUGGACUACGUCGAGUACGAUGGUCCUGCGUACCGGGCCGGGAUGCGCGAGGGAGACGUUAUCCUCUCGAUCAACGGUUACGAUAUGGAGAAGGCCGAACACAAGGAUCUGGUCAACUUUAUCAAAAACUGUGAUAAUAGAAUGCGCAUGGUGGUUCUGUUCGAGGAUUGCUGCCGGAAGGUGGAGCUGCAUCUGAAGUACAUUCAGCUGCAGGAUCUGCUCAAAAGCAAGAUGGCCGACCUGGAACGCAUUUGCCUGCGGGAGCGCGAGCUGCUCGAGGGUAAAUGGAAAACGCACAGCCUACCGGCCAGGAAGAAGGCAACGGCCACGACGGCGGACGACAUUGAUCCUGGAUCAACGACGGACGUGGAAUCAAGCACGGGUCCAUCGUUUUGCCGUCCAGCAGCCUCAACCGAGGACGUCAAGAAGCUGCUCCGGCAAAAGACCUACAUCGUACCGCCACCGGCGCAGUUUAUGCUGGCGUAUCAUUGCUUGGACAGCAACUAUCGCUACGUGAUACAUCCCUCCCAAAGUGGGCUCCCGUCCGGUGGGAGCUGCGACGGUACCAGCGGGACGGAGUAUACUUCCUGCGCUCAACAGAGCAACGCAACUGCGGCCAAACUCUGCAAGGACCACCAGCAUAUGAUGCGUGGUUCUUCCCUCGACAAUAGUUCCCUCGGAGGAUCGGGCUGCAAGCAGCAGCAGCAGCAACAGCAGCAAACCUCAGCCUCGCCAACGAAAAGUCUUCACAAUUACGACACCAAACCAACGAAGUCCGGUUCAUCCCGGCGCAGUGGGCACGUGCAUGGACACUCGUGCAACCCGUGCAUGGGACACUUCCUGCGGAGCAGCAGUAGCGAUAAGAGCAGAGCGACCGAAAAGGACAACACCAGCCUCGAUGCGUACGAUCUGGCCAGUCCGUGCUGCGAUCCGCAGUGCGUGCCGUCUCGCCGGAAAUCGAAACACCACAAGGAUCACCAUCAUAAGCACAAACACCGGGAUCGGGACGCGAAGGAGGUGAAGGAUCGCAUUCCGCGCCCAAAGUCACAGCCACAUAUCUCACCGCAGCUGCAGCAGCAACAGCAACCGCACUCCCAGCUGAACUAUCUCCAUCGUCACAAGGAUAAGCACGAGCAUCACCAUUCGAAAGUGUAUGACCUAAACGCUAGUCUCGCCAGCCAUUGUAGUCUGCACUCGUGCACCUCGAGCGAGUUUAAUCCUGCCGCAGAGAACUCGCCCGCCUCCUAUAGCACCUCCAUCAGCACCGACACGCUCUACUGGGAACCGCACAGCGAAUCGACCACCGUGUCGGCUUCCGGAUCGGUCCACAAGAAACCUCCGGCCGGAACGCCCGGAAGUGGCACACUCGUCCCGAUCGUUGGACGUUCGCCACAUAGCCAUCAGCAUCAUUACUACAUCCAGAAGUACGUCCAUCCGCAACACCACACCGGAGCUGGCCAGCAGCAGCAGCAGCAGCAACAGUUACAACAACAACUGGCCAUCUAUCCUCCACCUCCACCGUUGCCCGCAGUGCACAAGCCAAAAUCGUGGGAUAACCUUGCGAUGAAGGGUUACGGUGGGUAUGGGUACGGUUACGGAUAUCUCGAGGUCGGUGGAGGGCCCGGAUUGGCCAAAGCCAGCGUGCCGACUACAACGCGCACCCAAACGACCAUUACCAUUCAGCACCGGAACUCGAUCCCGAAGAAAAACGGCUACGAGCGGUACUCGGCGUUUGUGGACGUGGAAAACUAUGCACCACCACCGACGCAGUUCCUGCAGGAGACCACAACGACGACCACGACGAUUACGACAAAAUCGACGGAGAACCUGCUUGGACCGUACAAUCGUUCCGAUUCCAGCUUGUCCUGCGAGUGCGUCGAGACGGCACCGCUGACCGGUGGAACUGGUGGUUCGAUGGACCACGUGCACGAUAGCUCGGGCUAUUAUUCGAGCCUCGGUGGAGCCGGUGGGUCCGGUGGUGGCACAGGCGGUGGGGGCAAGAAACCGAUCAACAAUCUGACCGAAAUCGCUCGCCUCUAAUGUCACCGAGGAGAAAGUCCUUUCGGUAGAGCGCGCCAGAAAAUGGUUUUGCUACACUUUUUUGUUACUCCUUUUGUGUUCUGCUUUUGUUCGUGAGAAUAGUCCUGUGGGAUGGAUGUCCUGCGGUUUGUAGCAUGACUUAGGGUUAGAGUAGAUUUUUGUUUUGUACUCGUUAAGCGUAGAGUUAAAGUGUGCAACUAAUUACCACACAAUCGCCAAAGUGGCCAGUUAGUCGACGCUUUUUAGGCCGACAUUGCUGCUGAACCAUGCGAGGAAUGCAGCUUUCAGUUCAUGAAAGGAUGCCACAGAUUUCACGUUUUUACGAAACUUCCGGGAAUUUCCCUUCCUUAUGUAAUCACGGAAAUUUUAAAGCGCUUCCGAAGCGAGAUAGUGCGACGUGUAUGUCAGCAUCCCCCUUAGAUCCCUUAGAGCGGUCCGAAACGGAAAAGAAGAGGCUUGAACAAUCGUUUUCCAAUACAUAACUAGCACGCUACGUAAUAGAAUUCAUGAUAAACAAAAUAAAACUUCGUGUUCCCGUUCCAAUGUAAAGAUGAAAUACAUACAGUGUUUGCUAAAGUCGCUACGAUUUGCGCUACGAAAAAUACAGAGCCAGGUAAAAUAAACAGUAGCAGAAAGGGCCAUUAGAUGGUAGGAAACAGAAGCAAAAAAAUGCACCUCGGUUUAGCUGAUGAAGCAUUGGCGAUUCGCAAAGGGACGAUGGAACUGAAAGGGAUUAUUACAGAGAGAAACAGGGCUUUGACUGGGAUAAGAGGAUAUUUUGUGCACGAAAAGAUCGAGAAAGGACACGACUGAGCGGAGGUGAUGAUAGACAGGAUGUAGAAAAGUUUUCUGUAUGCGUGCGAUUGCAUGAAGAAGCAAAUACAUUACACUUGCGGAGCUAACGAUUUCAUGAGAGUGAUGGUGAUUUUUUUUCUCAUUUUUCUAUCCUCUUUUA